AUGUCACAAUUACUCGACAAAAUCCUAAUGAAUACGGAAGAACCAUCUUAUGAUAUAUUAGGAGAAUUCGAUGACAACUUUGAUGGGUCAGAUACGGAAAUUCCUAUGCCAUCCAUCGAUACCACACCAAUAACACCUAGUGAUGUAAAAAGGUAUAUAGAAGAAGCAUUAGAAAUAGGCAAAAAUAAAGGUGAGGAUACAGAUGAUGCACAAAAUCAAAUAGCGGAUGAUACUGGUGCAUGGCAAGAUUCUGAUGAUGAGAAGGUUUGUGUAUCAUUACAAAGUAAAUCUAUGUUAAAAAAAUUAAGAAAAAAUGAAGAUGAAGAUGUAAUAUCCGGUGAUAAAUAUGAGAAGAGAUUGAGACAACAAUUUGAGAAACUAUAUCCAACUCCAAAUUGGGCCACUGUUCCUUCAAAACGAAAAAGACAAAAAAUGCUGGACAAUUCAGAUUCAUCAGAUGAUGAACCACCGGAAGAGUUAGAAAUUCGCAAUGAGCCUGAUAAACGUAAUGAGUCUGACAAACAUAUUGAGUCUGACACACAUAAUGAGUUUGAUUCAUUAAAAAUUCAGACAAAACUAUUAUCAAAAAAAAAACUUGAAGUCACAAAAAUGAAACAUGUGAAUCAACAAGCCUAUUCACAAAGCGUAAUUCAAAGUAUAGCUUUUCAUCCAAAUGCUCAAGUCGCCAUGACUGCUGGACUAGAUAAGACAAUACGCUUAUUUCAAGUCGAUGGUAAAAUCAAUCCGAAAAUCCAAUCUGUUGUACUUAAAGAUUUACCCAUUUAUCGAGCAGCAUUCAAUCCAAAUGGAACUGAAAUUAUUGCCGCUGGACGGAAAAAAUACUUUUACAUAUUUAACAUCGAAGCUGGGAGUAUCGAUAAAUCUAAUGGGAUUUAUGGAUUUCAAGAUAAAUCAUUAGAAAAUUUUUCAAUCUCUCCUUGUGGACAAUAUAUUGUUUUUGCUGGUAGUAGUGGAUAUUUGGUUUUGGUCAGCAAUCGAACUAAGCAAUGGAUCGCCAACAUGAAAAUGAAUGGCACUGUUACAUCUGUUGAUUGGUCUAGUGAUGGUCGAUAUUUAUAUUCUGUUGGAAGUGAUGCCGAGGUAUACCAAUGGGAUGUUAAUACACGAAGAUGUAUUCAUAGGUUUAGGGACGAUGGUGGGUUUAAGCCUACAAAGAUAUCAGUAUCGAAGAAUGGUCACUACUUUGCUAUUGGAUCGAAUUCUGGUAUCGUUAAUGUUUAUGAUGAGACUUGCUUAGUCUUACCAAAUCCUAAGCCUUUAAAGUCAAUUAUGAAUUUGACAACAAAUGUUCAUGAUAUGAAAUUCAAUCACGACUCUCAAAUACUUGGGAUCUCAAGCCAUUCCAAAAAAAACCAAUUAAAAUUGGUGCAUUUACCAUCUCUUAAUGUGUUUCCAAAUUGGCCAAACAAUUUAACGCCUCUUAAUUACGUUCAAUGUUUUGAUUUCUCACCAGCAAGUGGUUAUAUUGCUAUAGGUAACGACAAAG